AAUCCCGCCGCGAGUCGCCGCCUCCGCUGCAGGCGGCGACGCAAACUGAACCGACCGCUCUCACCAUUUCAUAAAGUAGAGCAGCGUGAUGGCAGCCGCUUCGACCACGCUUCCUGUGUGGCGUACUUUCUGUGUGUUGGUCCCCCUCCUCGUCCACGCCGCCCCUACAGUCGCGGAGGGGAACGGCAGCCUUCCGUGUGUGGAUGGGACGUACGAGCAUGGCGGAAGGAUCUGCUGUCUGUGUGGCGCCGGUCAGCACGUGAAGGAGCACUGCACGACGAGUCAACCAUACGGGGUAUGCGAACACUGCGCCGCGAACACUUACAGCAGUCUGCCUAAUAGCCUGGACUCCUGUGAGCCAUGCACAUCCUGCUCACAACCGAACGCCAAUCUAGAGGUGAAGCGACCCUGUAGCUCUGCCAGUGAUGCAACGUGCCGAUGUAAAAAGGACCACUACUGCAGCAGUGGCACAGAAACAUGUAGAAUCUGCAAUCCCUGUAAAGAGUGUCCGGAUGGCAUCAAAGUAGCCUGUACAUCCAACAAUAACACAGUCUGCAAUGAAAAAGUUGAAGGGGUACAUAACAUUGGGGUAAUACUGGGCAUUGUGGCAAUAUCAGUCAUUGGACUGGGUCUUCUUGCAUUUUAUUUCAUAAGGAAAUGCUGGAAGAAGAGAAACCGGGACCCAGCCCAACCGAGCUCUGCUGAUCCGGAGAUGCAGCCUCUUGCAGCUCCAGUUGUUGAUCUCCAGCCUCACCUGUCUGACAUUGCAGAAACGAUUGGAUGGAGGGAUAUGCAUGUUGUAGCAUUGAAAAGCCGUAUAGAAAGCGCCAUUAUCGAGUCUUGUCGACUGGACCACCCGAACGACAGUCAGGAGCAGACUUUGCGACUACUCCAGAUCUGGGUGGAGAGCCAGGGAAAUGAGGCCUCCAGGAUCUUGAUCGAAAGCCUUCAAAAUAGUAACAGAAGGGCCAAAGCAGAGAAGGUGAUAGCUAUAUUGUCUAGAUCAUAACUUCCUGUUUGAAUGUGUCGACUGUUAGCACUUUUUAAAUAUUUGCGGUGCUUGUCUGUAUGAAUUAUUAUUUUGAACAAGAUGUACUUGAACUUUGUAAAAGCUGAAUUUGACGUUUGAUUUGAAUGGACUUCUGUUAUCUACAAUUAUGUUAUAGUGAGGAAUCACUAAUACCUGCUUCUCAGUUUAUUAAAUAAUGAAGUGAUAAAUGUUCCGCUUCCAGUUUGAAAUAGAUAAGAUCCCCGUGUUGCCAUAACGAUGCUGGUCCAAGGCUGAACAAAGGCCAUAUCUGCCACGGCUUGUAAAUUAUGUAUUAAACCUUUUGGUUUCUAAUAUAGGAAGCGGUCUACUUUUAUGUCUACUUCUCAAAGACAGAUUUUUUCUGUUCAGCUAUCCUCCCCUAAUCUUAAAACCAGAAUACCACAGUAGAUUUUAAUUUCUAAGGACUAUUUAAACUUCUACUUCCCUUUCAUAUGCUUGUUGUAUUAACUGUAUCUAGAAUAAUGUAAUAAAUCCCACAUUAAAAAAAAAUUGUUGUGAGAAUCGUA